UUAUCAUAAACCAAAUAAGCAAAAACAAAGUAUACAUUAUGUAUGUUAUUACUUAUACGACAUCUAUUUAUUCUUUCUUAUAUACCCUAAAUUAAAAAAUUUGGUGACAUUGACAGCGUAUACGGCAAAGGAAAGUAUUGUGUGUAAUUUGUUGAUAUUUUUAUUAUUUUGUCAAAAUGGAACUUAAAUUAUUGGAGAGAAUAGAAAAACUUGGGUAUAAUGGUCAACUGAUAGAACCUAAUAAAUUUAAAGAAGCCUUAAAACAAGGUCCAAAAUCACCAGAAUUUACAAAACUUGUAGCAUGGUUAGCAGAUGAGAUUGCACUACUAAAUGAUAUGGAUGAAACUAUUCAUGCAAUAGUGUCACCAGAUGAUUCUAGUUCUUUCUUAUUAGAAUUAAGCUGUUUUCUUAAGGAAUUAGGAUGUAUGAAUGAGAGAUUAAUGACUGGUAAUGUUAAUACAAGAUUAACAACUGAACAAGAUAGAUAUAUCUUAUUAGAUUUUUUGGGAGCAGAAUUAAAAACUUGUAGAUUAUUAGAAUUUAAAAAACAUAAAAAUUUAAAUUCCACUGCUGUUGUUGUUGAAGAGAGUGAUACAGCUAAGGAUCUUAAAGAUAUGUUAAUAGCUUUAAAUUUUGAAAAACCACCAAAUGAUAUUACUUCAGAAAAGCUUUUUACAAGACUGGAGAAUAAAUUGACUGAAGUAUUAAAAAUAGCUCCUUCUGAACUUGUAGGACAACCAUUAAUUACUCAUGAAUUCUCAGAAGCAGAUUGGAAAGACCUUCAACAUAUACAACAAGAAUUACAUGAUGAGUACAGAGUGCGCCGUGAUAUGUUGCUCAAAAGACUUGAUGUAACAGUACAAUCUUUCCUAUGGUCAGAUAGAAUUAAAGCUCAAGAGGCUGAAUUAAAUAGACGUUAUGAAGAAACUAGAAAAUUUUUAAAUGCAGAACCAGACAUUACAAUUGCUGAUUUAUUAGCAGCAAGAGAUGAUAUUGCAUUAAUGGAAAAAACAAGCAAUGCAAGUGUUAGAAAAAAUACUCAAAGUGAAAUUAAUAAAGUUAUUAUAGGAGAAGUACCAGACAGAGGUGGAAGACCAUAUGAACAAGAACCACCACCACCUGAAAUGCCACCUUGGCAAAAAGAUAGGGUACCAGGACCUUCAACUAGUGGAGGUCGAGGAAGUGGAAGUAAUAGAGGCAGUGGUCGUGGAAGAGGCAAUUUUCAAAAUUCUAAUGCCACUUAUAUCAAUGAUAAUAGAAAUUCAUAUAGUGGUCAUGGAGAUAGUGGACAUCAAAGUUCAAAUUUUGCUCUUAAUAGUGGUGGAUAUGGUGGACAAGGAGGAAAACAAGGAGGUGGUUAUGGAGGAGGGUAUGGAGGGCAAGGAGGAGGAUAUGGAGGAGGAUAUGGAGGAGGACAAGGAGGAGGAUAUGGAACAGGACAAGGAGGAGGAUAUGGAGUAGGACAAGGAGGAGGAUAUGGAGCAGGACAAGGAGGAGGAUAUGGAGGAGGUCAAGGAGGAUAUGGAAGUGGAUUUGGAACUGGUGGAAAUAAUAGUUAUAGUGGAGAUAAUAGAGAUGGAGGAUAUGGUCAUCGAUAUUGUAAUCCAGGUAAUAUAGGAUUUACAUCUCAAUCCGAGUAUAAAAGUGGACAACAAUAUCAAAGAGGAGGUUCCAGUGGUCGAGGAAGAGGAGGUAGAGUUCAGGGAGGAUGGAAUCAAGGAAUAGAUAAUUAUCAACGUGGCGGAUAUAAUCGUGGUGGAAGUCAAGGAGGACGACAAUAUUAAAAUAUUUUAUGUAAUGUAUUUAUUAUGAAUGUAAUAUUAAUAGUAAAAGAUAUUUGCAUCACAGAGCAUAAUAAUUAAUAUCAAUGAAUUUCUAUAUAACAAACUAAACUAAAUGCUUAAAAUUUAUAUAUCUAACAUUGUUUUUAGACAUUAUAUAAGUUAUAAAAUGCAAAUAUUAAUUCUAAACUAAAAAUGAAUAAGAAACAUUGAUAUUAUUCAUAGAAACAUAAAUAAUUUACUCUUAUAUGAAUUAAAGUAAUCAUUGUAUCCUGUUUUAUAAGACUUUCUUGUGUUCUGAAUAUUAAUUUUGGCUAUGUAUUCGUUUGA